GGCUUGACAUCAUUUUCUGGAAUUUCCCAAGCUGCUUAAAGGCACAGUUAACUUAGUGUAUGUAAACUUCUGACCCACUGGAAUUGUGAUGUAGUCAAUUAAAAGUGAAACAAUCUGUCUGUAAACAAUUGUUGGAAAAAUUGCUUGUGUCAUGCACAAAGUAGAUGUCCUAAACGACUUGCCAAAACUAUAGUUUGCUGAUAUGAAAUCUGUGGAGUGGUUAAAAAAUUAGUUUUAAUGACUUCAACCUAAGUUUAUGUAAACUUCUGACUUAAACUUUACAUGUCUUCUCAUCGCAACACUUGACGAAACAACCCAUCACGCACAACGAAUGACAGUAAGAAACACGUGAAAUUAAAUCCGAUCUGACCGUUCAGACUGAGACGCAUUAAAAAAAAUCUGAUUUUAAUCGGAUUCUAAACCACCUUCACAUGUGGUUUGGAUCAGGCUUGUAAAAAUCAGAUUUUUGGUGUAUUUGUCCAGUUCAGAGUUCAGAAUGGCCAGAAAAGCAGUUUUUUUCUGCCUGUGUGAACAAAGCCUGUGUGUCAAGAAUAUAUGAACUGACAAACACAUAAAUAAAAUAAAAUAAAAAUUAAUUAAUUAAUUAAUGAUGUAAAUAUAAUGAUGUGGGCUAUAAACAGAUAAAUAGACAAGUCUUAAGAUUAAAACAAAGAGGAUCAGCUUGAUGAAAAAUGAUAGGGUGGCGAUGACUAAGAAAAUAGAAAAUGGGAAGGGCUUAUUUACAUGGUAACUGGGUAGACCUGUUAUCAGCUUUUAGAUACUGCACCUUUGAACCUCCCAUGACAACAUAAACACAGGUAGUCUGGGAACAGGAUUUGACUGCUCGAACCACAUAAAAACCUCAGUGGAAGGAAAAAAAAAAAAAAAACAUGGAGCAAAAUAGACACAGAGUGCUGCAUGGGGAAGUGAAGGCUAGUGCAGGAAAAUACAGGAGUUGGAGAAAUGAAAAAUGGUUGGAUAGAAAAGAGCAAUGGAAUGGUGCCGGCUUGUGUGAACUGGAACUGAAAAUAAGGAUGGAGGUUGGCUUGUCUGGAAAAAUGGGUGGAAAGGAGAGAGGAGAUGGAGACAAAAAAGUCAAAUAUAAAGCUGCAGGACAUGCUACAAAGAGACAAAGUCGAACAAUAGAUGGUUUGACGAUGGGAUCUGCUGGGGACGGUAAGAUAAAUCCUGAAGAGAGGGUGAAAGAGGAAGUAAAGGGAAUGUGGAGGAAUGAAAACCCAGUGAAUGGAAUCAAGGAAGCCAAUGUGAUUAUGAAGAGACUCACUAAAGAAGAAAGUGGAGGUCAACUGGAAUUGGGUGACUACCUUGUACUUUUGAAGUCACUGCGCAUCAACUUGCCCAACGGUGUUCUAAACCCUAAAGUCAUCAGACUCUCACAGAAUGCAGAUAUUGUUCAGAAAGCCCAGGGUAUUGUAAAAGAGCUGGAGGACUUCAAGCUCCAGUUUAACAGCACUCCACGUCUGGGUUGUCGGGAAGUUAAAGAAACACUGGCGUUGAAAGACAAGGGUAAAGUUCUCGAAAUCACACAGAUGAUUUUCUUUGAAAAACAAAAAGAUGCUGAUGUAGCUCUAAGAGCAAAGUGGAAGGAGAAUGUAUCAAACACAGUCUGCGGUUUCAGGUUAAGAGACAAAUACAAAACAAUGGCCAUCUCCACACCUGCUAUGUAUGCUACAACACAGACAAGGUGCUGGAGAAAUUUAGAAGUUGGAGACAAUCUUGCCAAUAUUUCUGAGGGUGUGACAAUGAAAGUCCAUGAUAUUGAGAAAAGAGACUAUUGCGAUGAGUCAACUAUCUGGACAAGCUCCCCCUGUCCAAAAAGAUUUGGCAAAUUCUUUGAGAACCUGGCAGAUGAAGUUGAAUGCCUCAAAUUCUUCCAUGAGUUGGGAGAAAUUGUCAACAACAAGAGAGUGAGGUACACCAGAAACAGCAAAGUAGACUUUGGGUUUCUCAGUGGAAGACUGGACUUCUUAGCAGAAGUAACAGGCUCAAGAGCUAAUGUCAAAGCAAAUGGGACAGAAAGCAAUAAAAUUGUGAUUGAGUGUAAAGGAACCACUGGAGAUAUGGUGGGAAAGCUCUUCACCAAACCAAGAAAUGGUGGCCGUUGUGCACAACUGAAUGAAACCCAUCAAUACUGCUAUCAGGUUCAGGCCUACAUGUACAUCUUAAACAGGGUGGCAAAGCAGACACACACCUUCGCUUCAGAUAGGGCAGUCAUGGUGAUCAGACACUACCACAAAAAUGCACAAGAACCCAGAGAUUUCUAUUGGAAUUACCUGAGGAAGAAUGAAGCAGUACAGCAGAAAAUCGAAGAACUUUGUGUUUUCUGUCAAGAAGAGGUUCUAGCCUGUUUUCUGGCUCUGCUCAAUCUGAUCUUCCAGAAAGGAAUAUGACAAGAGGAUCUAGAAGUGGACUUUAAUAGUUGCCACGUGUCUUAAUGCUGAAACAAUGUAUGCAAGCAUUCAUGAUUAUUUAUGAUUUAUUUUAAAUAUACAUAUCUAUCUAUCUAUCUAUCUGUCUGUCUGUCUGUCUGUCUGUCUGUCUGAGAUAGAUAGAUAGAUAGAUAGAUGUGUGUUAUGAAGACAUCUCAAGAAGUGGACUAUAAAUUUGCUUUGAAAGUUGGAUUUUACUUUGGAUUACCUGCACUGCAUGAGAUUGUGUUUUCUAUGUGGAUCAUUGUUUCAAAAAAGCCUCCAAACUUGGAUCAUUAUGGACUGUGUUUAAACCCACAUGCUAACAGGACCUCAAAGACUUGAUGAGUGAUUAGCUGCUACAUUGACUCAUAUAUAUUUUUGUGUGUUUUCUUUUGAUUCUCAAUAAGCUCGUUCUAGAAUGGUAAAGUCUCUAAUACAGACCUAUUUGAUAAUAGGUAUGUGAAGGAAGAGUAGUAAUUUGGUGUGUAUAUGUAUGGUAAAGAGAUUACUUUUGCUUCUUUGUUUGAUGAUCUUUGUUUCUUUAUUUAGUGACUUUUGUUUCUUUGUGCAAUGGCAUGAAAUGCCAACUAACAAAUAUAGCUUGGUUGAGCACCUUUCCUUAAUUUAUGUGUCCUUACUGUAUGUAUAGUAGUAAGCGUUACACACACACACACACACACACACACACACACACACACACACACACACACACACACACACACACACUCAUGUUGGUGCAGCUAUCAUUAUGAGGACUCUCCAUAGACAUUGAUUUUUAUACUGAACGAACUAUAGAUUCUAUCCCCUAACCCUAACCCUACCCCUAAACCUAACCCUUACAAAAAACUUUCUGCAUUUUUAAAUUUUCAAUAAACCAUUGUUUAGUAUGAUUUUUAAGCGAUUGAAUUAUGGGGACACUAGAAAUGUCCUCAUAAACCACAUUUAUAGCAUAAUACCCUUGUAAUUACCAGUUUGUAACCUAAAAAAAUGUCCUCAUAAACCACCCAAACCUGCCCACACACACAAACACACACACACACACACACACACACAUAUAUAUAUAUAUAUAGUUAUUUUUAAUAGCAUUUUUAGACAGUUUGGUUUUAAAAUGUUUUUUUUUUUUUUUUUUUUUUUUUUUUUGUCAGAUCUCAAAUCUGUUCUAUUUGAUGACAUUUAGAGAAUUCAGUGUGUAUGUCAAAACAAGAAGGAACUAUAAAAUGCAUAGUUCUGUUUUAUGUGAUACAUAACUGAUACAAAACCAUUCUGAAAAAGUAUUAAAUUUGGAGUAUAACUUAUCCAGCAAUGUUUGUUCUGCAGAGAUAAUUGAUACCUUAAAUUGAUCUCCAUGGUUGAGGAGAGCUGUGCUAUUACUUUUCUAAGCAAUCAGAUUUAAAGUGAUAGUUCACCGUAAGUGAAAAUUCUCUCAUCAUUUACUCACACUUAUGCCAUCCCAGAUCAAUGUUUAAGUACUUUUUUACUAUAAAUCUCCACUUUCACUUUCACAUUCUUAUUUUGUUUUUGGUGAUUCACAUUCUUUGUACAUAGCGCCACCUACUGGACAGGGAGGAGAAUUUAUAGUAAAAAAGGAUUGAGCUGUUUUUCACCCACACUUAACAUAACGCUUCUGAAGAUAUGGAUUUAACCACUGGAGCCUUAUGGAUUACUUUUAUUUUGCCUUUAUGUGCUUUUUGGACCUUCAAAGUUCUGGCCACAAAUCAUUUGCCUUGUAUGGACCUACUGAGCUGAAAUAUUCUUCUAAAAAUCUUCGUUUGUGUUCUGCAGAAAGAAAGUCAUACACAUCUGGUAUGGGAUGAGGGGGAGUAAAUGAUAAGACUUUUUUUUUUUGGUGAACUAUCCCUUUAAGAAACCCUAGAAACCACAAAGAACACCCUAGCAAGACAAGGCAAACACACAAGCGACUUAGAACACCUUAAAAACCACAUAGCAACACACUGGAAACCACUCACAACACCCUAGCAUUCAAAAUCGCAUGCAAAAAGUUACACGGGGUAGACUAGAUUGGCAAAGACAUUGUCUCCCAAUUCUUUUGCAAUUGUCAGUUGAAAUAUUGUAAUUAAUUUUACUCUUCCACCUAACAUUUAGUGUACAUAUAAAAAUGCAUUGUAUUUUCAUAUUUCAACAUUUAUCACUGUCUAUUCUUCUUUUAGGAAAUUUGGGAGGUACAUUAAGUAAUUAUUUGAAUCAACAGUUGUUGUUAGCUCAAUUACAAGCAAAAAAUGGAAUGUCUCAAUAAUUCAACACCCAUAAAUAACAAU